CAAUUGCUGCUGCACGCGUCGCCCCGCUGCCCGCCUGUUGCGUGCCGGCUGUAGAGUGACGGUUGUAGCGUGACGGACGGCGCUGGCCAUCGAGCGACGGUAUGCCUACCCUCGGUUUCCUCAAGAAGAAGCGGACCAAGGAUUCGACGGGCUCGGCCGACCUUGCGUCGCCCACGUCGCCCACCAAGGACAGCCACCGGCCCAUGACGCCCACGUCGUCGAAGCGCACCUCGGGCUCCUUCCACCUCACCAAGACGCGCACCAACGACUCGGCCACGGCCGCCUCGAGCGCCUCUGCCCACAAGCCGACCGACUCGAUGAAUCCGGCCGCGCACCCGCCGCAGCCCGCCGGCGCGCCGUCGCACAACGUGCCCAGCAUCCAGAACAUGAUCCACCCCAGCGGCGCGCAGGCGGCGCACCAGCAGCCGACCAAGAACGGCGCGGUGCAGUUCCAGACGCACCCGCUCAACCAGGCGCGCGUCACAAAGGGCAAGUACACCCUGACCGACUUCCAGAUCCAGCGCACGCUCGGCACGGGCAGCUUUGGCCGCGUGCACCUGGUCCAGUCCAAGCACAACCAGCGCUUCUACGCCGUCAAGGUGCUCAAGAAGGCCCAGGUCAUCAAGAUGAAGCAGGUCGAGCACACCAACGACGAGCGCCGCAUGCUGCAGCAGGUCAAGCACCCCUUCCUCAUCACCCUGUGGGGCACCUUCCAGGACUCCAAGAACCUGUACAUGGUCAUGGACUUUGUCGAGGGCGGCGAGCUGUUCAGCCUGCUGCGCAAGUCGCAGCGCUUCCCCAACCCCGUCGCCAAGUUCUACGCCGCCGAGGUCACCCUGGCCCUCGACUACCUGCACUCGCACAACAUCAUCUACCGCGACCUGAAGCCCGAGAACCUGCUGCUCGACCGCCACGGCCACCUGAAGAUCACCGACUUCGGCUUCGCGAAAGAGGUGCCCGACAUCACGUGGACGCUCUGCGGCACCCCCGACUACCUGGCCCCCGAGGUGGUGGCCUCCAAGGGCUACAACAAGUCCGUCGACUGGUGGUCCCUCGGCAUCCUCAUCUUCGAGAUGCUGUGCGGCUUCACGCCCUUCUGGGACGGCGGCUCGCCCAUGAAAAUCUACGAAAACAUCCUCAAGUCGCGCGUCAAGUACCCACCCUACAUCCACCCCGACGCACACGAUCUGCUGCAAAAGCUCAUCACCCCCGACCUCACCAAGCGUCUCGGCAACCUCCACGGCGGCAGCAAAGACGUCAUGAACCACCCCUGGUUCGCCGAGGUGACAUGGGACAGACUGCAGAAAAAGGACAUUGACGCGCCAUACGUCCCACCCGUGCGAGCCGGCGUCGGCGAUGCCAGCCAGUUCGAUAAGUAUCCGGAGGAGUCGGAGCAGUAUGGGCAAGCUGGCGACGACCCGUGCGUGCAGGCUCCGCCGUACACUGUAGAUCACAUUCUGACGUGUCCUAAUAGUCACGGACACCUGUUUCCCGACUUCUAGACACGUCCGUCCGUCCUUCUCUCCUUCAGCCGCUUACACAACUCCACCAGCCAUGGUUGCUUGUUUGUUUGCAUCAACGACGCAACCAUCAAGCCCGUGUCGAGGUCCCACUACUCUCUCUAUCCCUCUUUCCCUACCAGAAGCUUUUGACAAACAUGUGGG